AUGAUCACCACCACCACCAACACCACCACCGCCCGUAAGCAGCCAUCAUGCACUUCAUCAUCCAGGAGCCAACUCCAGAUCGAGCUCCAGCUGAGAGGCUGCUGCCCCAAGAGCCAGGGCGGAAACCAGGGGGGAAACCUGAGCAAGACGGGGAGGAGAACCAGAGCCGAGAGCAGUAGAGGGGUUGGAGGGCCUGAUAACACCAGGGGGACGGUGACCGUCCCAGAGCCCUUCAGGAUGAUGAUGAGGGAGGAGGAGAAGAAGAGGAGGAAGGUGAGGAGGACUUUGGCUUUGAUUAGUUUUAUUGUUCUCUAAAGAGUCUUGAAUGGAUAAUGUAACGUAGCAUCCCAUAGGGAACGUAAUACCUGGCAUAAAUACAGUGUAAUACAUGUAUGCUUGGCAUGCUGAGCAAAUGUCCCUGUGUGUGUUUGGGUUCUGUGAAAUGUACUAUAUAAAACUCAUGUAUUAUUGAUGUAUUAUUGUUAAUAAGGUGAGGACGCGUUCAGAGGUUGAGCUGGAGAACUUCCUGCUGCGCCGGGAACUGGAGGAGCUGAGGGAGUGCGGCGUGAAGUUCCGGGCCUCGCCGGCGCCCGCCCACACCCGCCUGCCGCUCUACGACGCCAUCAGCCGCCGCCCCAGCCAGCGGCCCGGUUACCAUCCCGGUAACCACGGAGGUAACCUUUGUAAUUGUCGUCGUGUCUCGGUCAGCGGUGGCAACCGGCGGGCCUUCUCCUGCUCACCCCAGAGACCGUUCAGCUUCCUGGAGAGAGAGAGGAGGAAGAGGGAGCAGAGGAUUGAAGCGGAACUGGGGAACUUGGUGGCCAAAGAGGAGAGGAGGGCAUUUAAGGCCAGGCCGGUGCCCAGGUCUGUGUACUACAGCCACAGCGCCACCCACAGGCAGCAGAGCAAAGUGCAGCAGCAGCUGACGACUCAGAAGAUGACACUGAAGAAUAUGACCCACCACCACAGCACACGAUCUCCACCAGGCUUGCGGGCCGAGGGUCCAAGAGAGAAGAGGGGGGACACAGAGGGGGGCGAGGACCAGGGCCUGACGCUAGUGGAGAAAGAGGAGAAGGGGUUUCGCCCAAAACAGGAGGGACUCCCAUCCUACGACAGCAAUAGCUACUGGAGGUCUCAGAGCCGGAGCAGGCGUCCGUCGGGGGGACCUAGGAAGCAGCUAGAGCUCCAGAUAGAGAUGGAGUCAGAGCGGAGGAAGGGGAAGGAGAGAGAGAGGGAGUGGUCUUACAUCGACCCACUCUGCACCCCUGGCGGCUCCUACAACCGCUCUCUCGUCAGUCAGGAGGACCUCCCUCUCCCAGCCAGCAAAACAGACUACAUCGGUGUGUGUAAGAGCCGUGAUCCAGUCGUCGAAAGUGUUCUGUAA